AUGCACUGCCACCACGCGUCCAGCUUCGACUCGAGCCCAGCACUUGACCCUUACCCCCGUUCGUGCAACAUGCGCGUGUCUCAGCUCGAAACCAGCGACAGCUUUCGUCGUCCAGUGGCAGGUCUGCAAUUCCAUCUCGGAGGUCGCAGUCCGCAGGCCCUUUGGAAUGGUAGGAAGCGCGAAGUCUCGAGCUCCAGGUCGCCCUUUAUCCGUUCCCAACAGCAGAUGCAGAACCUCUUUCUGGAACAAGUGCGGGACGAUCAGGAUGGUGAUGAUGACCAUAGGAUCCAAGACUCCGGGGCGGCGACAGUCGUGAAGCAGUCCAAGACGAACAGCGAACGGGGUCGCGCUUUUCGUGCGCGUCGCAGAAAGUACGAGAACGAGCUCGUAACGAUCGUCAACUCGCUGCGGCAGAAGGUGACGGACUUGGGCUUUCUUCGCAGUGCACGUGCUGACGGUGCGCUGCGCAGUCGCAACAGUCUUGAUGGCUCGCUCGUGCGGCUGGCACAAGAGUACUUUGCAUUGUUUGAGCGCGGGGUGCCGUCGGUUCGACGAGUCGGGCAGAAACGACCGGGAAUAUGUGCCGGUGAUUCAUAUUUGGACGGCAUCGUCUCUUGUGAGUCGUUUGUAAGGAAGCAAAAGGCGUUUUUGGAGAGCGCGAUGGACCCAGAGCUGCAGUUUGGUGGUGCAGUCGGACUAGACGUUCUUUUGGAUCAGUGGGAGAAAUACACGAGCUACCACUCGAGUUUGUAUGUCGAAGUCGUGAGUGUCCAAGUGUCGGGAGGUGAAGAGAACCCUAUUGUGACACUGCGUUCGAAGCUGCACGUGGUGCUCUCGCGUGCUACGUUUGACCAUGUUUUUCCGCAUGUGGCGGACAACGAAGACCUCGUCCGCAGGUUUAUCGGCAAAAAGGUCGUCUACCAUGGCGUCAACCACUUUCACUUCUCGCCGAAAGGACAGAUUUCGAUUUACGACUCGGACGUGGGCUUUGUGGACGCUUUGGUCCACGCUGGAGCUAGUAUCUCGGACAUCGCGUUGCUCAUGCAGCAUGCACGUAUUGCUGACGAGUACCGCCUGAAGGACGAUGACGAGAAUAGCAGCCAGAUGCAAGAGUAUGAGCAGGAGAAUCGAGAUGAUGCGAGUGAUUGCGCGACGGAUGUGGACAGCAGGGAUGAUGCCUUUUCACGAAGCAACGACAACAGCUACAGCCCGAACGCCGAGAGAACAAGUUUCCCGGAUCGCUUUGCCAUUGAUUUUAUUUUGUCGUAG